UGAUCAUUCAAGAUCGGAAGCAUUCAAGGAAGUUGAUAUGGAGUACAACAAGAUACUCGCCAGAAGUUUUAGUCACACCGAACAGAAAAAGAUCGGUUACUGCGCUAUCGGUGUAUGCUUAGUCAUUGCAGUACUAACUUCAUUUGCAGUCAUCUCCAAGCCUUCCUAUCUUACUACUAGUCAUCCGAUUCUGAAUUAUAAUGCUGGAUUAAGAAUGUUAUCGAUCGAUGAAGAUACAAGCAGUAAUUCGCUUCAAAGACAAAGUACGGAUGUCGUUACUGUUACUGAUGCAGAUGAAAUGAAGGGGGAAGCUGAGGGUGCACAUAAUGUUGAUAAUCGGAUGAUACAGGAAAUCAAGCUUACUCCGGUGUGCGACGUUUUAGACCCACGAUUUGAUAUUUGCGAGAUUGAUGGCCAUAUAAGGAUCCACGGGAAAUCGUCAUCCGUUCUCUAUAAUACAUUAUUAUCUGCAGAAGGUAUUUUAAGUUCUGGGAAUGAAUCAUGGAGAAUCAAACCAUACGCUCGAAAAUCAGAUAACUCAGCGAUGAAGGUAGUGAAUGCAUUUUUGGUAAAACCGCUGCUCAAAAACGACUUAAGCCAGCCAAAUUGUACUACUUAUCAUAAUGUUCCUGCGGUGAUUUUCUCGGUCGGAGGUUAUGCUGGCAACUAUUUCCACGCUUACACUGAUGUGUUGGUACCUCUUUUUCUCACUUCUCAUCACUUUAACCAACAAGUUCAAUUUCUAGUUACAGAUUUUAGUCCUUAUUGGAUUUCAAAGUACAAACCCAUUCUAAGUCACCUGUCCAAGUAUCCGAUAGUCGACAUUGAUAAAGAAAAUGAUGUCCAUUGUUACCCGAAGGUCAUCGUUGGUCUCAAGUUUCAUAAGGAUUUAACUAUCGAUCCUCUGAAAUCCCCAAAACAUCAUUACUCAAUGACAAAUUUCACCCAGUUCUUAAGGGAGUCCUACUCACUAAAUAGAUCAUCUCCAAUAAAAAUGAGAGGUAAUAUUCGUUCCAAGAAACUUCCUAGGCUUCUGAUUGUUUCGCGUAAGAGAACGCGUAAAUUUACCAAUGAAGGUGCAAUAGCAAAGAUGGCCUCAAGUUUGGGGUAUGAAGUAAUUGUGGAAGAGCCUGGUGUGACUAAGGAUGCAACGCGGUUCGCGCAAAUGGUAAAUUCAUGUGAUGUGAUGAUGGGAGUUCAUGGGGCAGGAUUGACCAACUUGGUUUUGCUGCAUCCUAAUGCGGUGUUUAUUCAGAUCAUACCUUGGGGAGGUUUGGAAUGGGUUUGUAGAGUUAGUUUUGAAGAACCAGCAAAGGAUAUGAAGUUGAAGUACUUGGAUUAUAAGAUUACUGAAAAUGAGAGUUCUUUAAUUCAGCAAUAUCCACUUGAUCAUGCUGUUUUUAAGGAUCCCGUUUCGAUUAAGAAACAAGGUUGGCAUGCACUUAGGUCUGUGUAUUUAGAUAACCAGGAUGUAAAUAUUGAUGUGGAGAGAUUCACACCUACUUUGUUAAAAGCACUUGAGCUUCUCCAUAUGUAGAUCAAUUGCAGAAUUCAGAAAUUCGUCAAUGUCUCAUUUGUAAGUUUGUAUUGAUUUUUUUUUUUUUUGAAAGUUACAUAAUGAUGCAAAUGUCACUCCAAUGGCGAAGUGCUAUGU